GGGCACGUGGGUGAGCAGGUCGGGCGGCCAACAGCUCUUCCACUAUCAUGGCGGCGCCCAUCGUGUGAGGCGAUGUCGGGCCGAGGCGUUUGGCUCCGGGCUCGAGCGCGGCUGCGGCGCUUCCCCGCACUGCUGGCGGGCUGCGGGGAGCAGGCCUCGGCUUACGGGCGCUGCGUGGCCGCGGCCUCCGCUGGGAGCGCAGAGCUACGGCGGGACGUCUGCCUGCGGGAGUUCCAGGCCUUGCGGGAGUGCUUCGCCCGCGCGGCGGCGGCGGCCAAGUGAUUGAGGUGCCAGAAGUGACAGCGGCGACUGCAGCUGCGGCGCGGGGGGUGGAGCUCGGGGUUGGCCGGCGUUAUGGCCCCGGCCCCGGGCUCCUUCCCCCCCACGCAGAAGCUUUUCCCCGCUCAGCAGUGCCUGUGUGGGAACCGCGGCCCGUUUAUUAAAAAAAUAAAAUCAGAUACAGAUG